GACAAAUUCAGAUUUGAGGAGAAAUAUUUGGAGAAACUGCAAGUUUUAACUGCAUUAUUGGAAUAUAAUUACAAGGAUAACGCUGAAGCCGAUCCAGCCUAUGAUCACCUUCGCUUACAACAGAAUACUCUAUUUGAUUUGUGGAAAACCGCAAUAGAAAAAUAUACACAAGAUGGAAUGGAUACAUCUGAAUGUCUAGAACAUUUUUUUAUCAUAUGUGUGCAAAUAUUUAAUAAAGAAUAUCAAAAAAGAUGCUGCACUAUCUUAGAAAACAUCUUCGCUACUGCUGUGGAGGAAAAAGAAUCAAACUUCAAAACGAAAAACAUUUUCAGUAUUUUUGAAGGCUUACUUACGAAUAAUGAAAUUAUCAUUGCUGAUCUGAAAAAAGUACUGUUUAAUAAAUUAUGUGAUAUUUUUAUCACAUGUGAUGAGAAUUUAUUAGAAAAUGGUAUUAUCGUGCGAUGUGGCGCACUACUUUCCCAUUUGAAAAUGAUCAAUGUCGUUGAAAUUUGCGACUCUGUUUGGAUAAAAGUCUUCAAUGCUCUUAUGGAAAAGUCAUCAUUGAUAUUGAAACCAUAUCAAGAAGUGAUUAAUUGCGAUCAUGGAAAUUGGUUGAUUCAACUUUGUCUCACCUGGAUUGACAUACUUUUUGAAAUUUCCAGUGCAGAAUUAUUGUCUAACAAUCGUGAUAAAAACUCUCCGAAAGUACAAAAAGAAUCACUUUUGAAUGAUGCUAAUAUAUGGGUGGUAAUACAAUGUGGACUUUGUCACUCUAAAUCAUAUACUCGAAAACAAGCUCUUUUUGAUCUCAGACGAGCAUUAUCAGUGGCUUCUGAAAUCUCUCCAAUCAACGCGAAGAUUUCAAGAAAUAAAAAAGGUAGAAGUCUGCAAGUUUGUGGGGAGAAUAAUAUUUUUACUUGGAAUGAUGAAAAUAAAGAAAACCUGCUAUCGUUCUGGAAAGAUUUUUUUCUUGUGUGUGAAUCUCUAGAAGAGAAUCAGCUUCAUGUUAUCAAGCCUGUCAUGAGAAAGUUGGAUGGAAUGAUUGAAAUGGCAUAUAUUAGGAAAAAUGAGAAUAAAUCUAUCAUUCACACUUCAUGGAUUUGCACAAUUUUACAGAGGAUGUUGUUCCAUGAAAAUAAAUCAAUACAGCGAGAGGGUGUUAUCUUGUCUCUAAGUUUAGAUGCUACCAAGUUCCCUCUUCUUCAACAAGAAUUUGGAGAUGAAUUCCUGCAUAAUUUGGUUGAUUCUUUGAGAGAUUUCAAUUUAUAUUGUGAUUUCAGAGACAACACUUUGCCGUCACCACAGAAUGGAGCUGAGUUUCCAAUCCUUGCGUGUCAUUGGCAAAAAUUUUUAGAAGGUUGCUUGAAAUCUGAAAGCAAGAGCAAUUUCCUUAAUUGCAUUUUGUUAAUCAUUGCGGAUUUCAACUGGGGAUCUAUUCCUUUGUAUUAUAUCUGCCAUGCAUUAUUAUCCCUACCUACUUAUCAUGCAUGGGCUAGUGAUGAUGUAGGACUGCUUCAAAAUUUGGUAAUGAAAAGUAUUAGGUCACAUGACUCAAGACUGCGAAAUAUUAUCCAAUGUAUUUUGAUUAGAUCACUGAUGAAAUUUACGGAUUGUGCAAAAGUUUCAUUCGAUGAAGUACGGUAUUAAAUAUAUUUAUUCUGUGUGGAAUGAAAAAAAUCUUUGCCGAAGACCAGGAUUUACGGGCAGAGAUGCUAGACUGGCUUGUCAAAAAUUGGAAAACUUUUAAAGAAGUACAAUCAGAAUCAUACGAAGACAUAUGUCAAUAUGCUUUGGUAGGAAUGGAGAAAUAUUGUGCAUCAUCAUCAAAUGAUUUAAUUCAGCAUUCAUAUGAAGAAUGUCUUGCAGAAUUACAGUCAUGCAGUUUCGUGAUAUUGCUAGCUGAAUAUUCCCAAUCUUCAGGCUCAUCUGAGAAUGACUUUUUCUUAAAAGUUUUAAAAUAUUUGAAUUCUAUCAUUGAAAAAGCAUCUACUCAUCUUUAUUUGUCGAAAGAGAAAGUUCACAAAGCUGUUUCUUUAUUAAAUCAUCUCGUUUCAAUGUCUUCAUCAAAAAGUGAUAAAAGCAAUGCAACAUUGUACAACAUCUAUUUCCAGCUGCUCAGAAGUCUCCAGGCAUAUAUUCUAAUGCAGUUCCCAUCUCGCUCUACAAAUCUAGAAGAUGCAAACCUUUGUCUCACUUCUUGGGAAAAUUUAUUCUAUAUCUUGCUCAAGUUGAAUCCAAGUUGUCAGUGGCCAAAGCAGCUGUUAGCCCAGUUUGAACCUUUGGUCUCUGCAGCAAAAAAUAUGUAUUUAUCAAUGAAAAAAGGCCAGAAAGAUUUUCUAAAUCUCAAGAUCGUUUUGAUGGCCUUGAAAUGCCUCAGAUGGAUAUGUUGUCUUCAGCAAAAAGCUUCCUUGAGUUUUAAUAAUUCGAUGUCUUCCUAUUUAGUAGAAUAUUUGGGGUCUUUGGAUCUUGAGUCAAGUUUAUUGUGUCAAGUUUCUUGCAAAGAUACUGAUGAAAGAAAGCUUGUGGAAGACUAUUCUGUUAUGCAAUGGUCUUGUGUGCUUUUCGCGGUGCAGAUACAAAAUGCUAAUAACAGUGAAUUACUGAAUAUUGAAGAAGCAAUGAAAAUCUUUUUAAAUCUGGUUGAUUCUGUCACUGAUGAAAAUUUACCAAUAUAUAUUGAAGCCGUUGGAUCGCUUAUUUCAAAAGCAACAAAAUCUGCAAAGGACCACACAGAAUUGAUAUGUAGCAUUUUGGAUGCAACUUGGAAAGCCAUAAACUCAUUCACACGUUCCCCUGCAUUUUGGAAAUGCUACCAAGCUUUUCUCCGAGCCUUUCUGCAAAAAUCAAUCCUUCUUCAACCAGAUUCUUCAAUAUUGCAUGAAAAUAUCAAAACAUUAUUGCUUCAAAUUGUAUCUUCGUCAGGUGUCAGGCCUAGAUUAUUACGAGAUGCUGUUGAUGUAUACAUAAAUAUCUGGACAAAAUCAAACGGUAUAAGAAAUGUUGAAUAUGAAAACAUGGAAACAUCUAAUAUUCAAACAACAGUAAAUUCGUCAGGUGAUAUUCCAUGUUUGGAAACGAAUUCGAUUACUUCCAAUAUUGAGUUUUUAGUGCAGUGUUUAACUUUUGAUCAUGUUCACAAAAAAGACAAUUUGGCUUUACUGAAUGUUUUAGAACUUUCCAAGAAUAAAGAUUCAAAUAAAUCAGAUUCUCGUCAGAGUUCUCACCAUGUACCUCUAGCUACAAUUUUAAUGCUCUCAAAACUUGAUACCAAUUCAUCAACAGAUUGUGAUCUUGUGUAUUCUAUCAUGGAAAAGUUACUGGAAUUGGAUAAAAAUAUAUCUAAGAAAAAACUCCGAUAUCACCAAAACUCAAUUCAACAUAAAGUGAAAAAUAAAAUUUUCCAAGCUAUUUUGUUGCUGACGCCGUAUAUUGAUCUAGAAAGAAAGUCAAGUGCUAUUGUUAGUUGUCUUGUGAACAAUCUGAAAAAUGAAGCUCAAAUUUCUGUUCGUUGCUAUAUGGAAUGGAUUAUUGCCUUGCUAAUAUACAGAUUUCCCAGCAACCAGGAUUUAUUGUUGUCACAUUUGAAGGCUGAGUCUCAAGGGGAUUGUAACAAAACAGGAACUGCAAACUCUUCUGCAGUUUGUUCAUAUUUGAUUUCGGCAUUGCUUUAUGGACUCUGCAUUCGAUCUGUUUCACCUCAGGAAGAAUAUUUUCUGAAUUUAGUAAAUCUCUGUUUGCCUUGGUGCAUGACUCAGUAUUUCAACAUCAGAUUAAAUGCUAUGGCUGUGCUUUUAAGGAUGAAAAUUCACUUUAAUGAAACAAGCAGGAGUGAAAUACUAUUGGAUAAAUAUCCAUCGCUCUCAUCAUGCUUGUUACUUGCUGAUAUUUCAACAGGAAAUGUUGGAAAAAAUUGGAACAAAAUUAAGGAAAACUUUCUCUUGUUUGAUCUUGAUCCACUGAAAGAUUUGUCAUUCGAAACUGUAUAUGUCGAUAUUCCAAGAUUAUUCUCAAUUCAAAAUCAUGUGACUCGAGAAGAUUUAUUUCAUUUCGCACAAUCAUAUCAAAGUUCCGGUAAUUUCUGUUUCAAAUCACACAUAUCAAUGUUCAAUACCACUGAUAAGAUUCGUAAAAAAUCAGUACAUUGGGUUCGACAAGAAGCUAAACCAAUCACAAAUGAUAUUGUGGUCAGUCCUGAUGACAGAUAUCGGAAGAACUAUGGAGCAUCUGAUUCUGAAGAUAAUGAUUUGAUGAACGGACUUGAUAACGUCCAAAAAAAGAUCAUGCCGUGGAUGGAUGUGAAUGAAAUUACAGACAAUCGAUCAGAGAAAUCGAUCAACAAAGGUCUAGUACUUGUGGCUUCUCUCAUCGAUAAACCAUCAAAUCUUGGAGGUCUCACAAGAACAUGUGAAAUAUUUGGCGCAGAAUCUUUAGUUGUUCAAUCAUUAUCAUGUACUUCUGAUAAAGUUUAUCAGUCUCUUUCUGUUACUGCACAUAAAUGGUUGCCAUUAAAAGAAGUCAAACCAUGGAAACUUCCAGAAUACUUGAUGCAAAUGAAAAAAUCUGGAUAUACUUUAAUUGGUACAGAGCAGACUGCUCAGAGUGUUUGUCUUUCAAAAUACAGAUUUCCUGUGAAAUGUGUUGUCGUAUUAGGUAAUGAAAAAGAAGGAAUUCCGAUACCCAUUUUAAAAAUUCUAGACGUUUGUGUUCAAAUUCCACAGAAAGGAAUUAUUAGGUCUUUAAAUGUUCAUGUCAGUGGUGCAAUAACUGUAUGGGAAUAUGCUAGGCAACAUCUACAAACCUAGCUUAGCUUCAAUCUGUAUGUUUCGUGGAUAUAGUAAUGUAAUGUAUUAGGAAUUGGUGUUAAAUUAAAUUUUCAAGAAGUUUUUUCAUAUUAGAUUUAUGUAAACACUGUUGGUGACAUUUUGCACUAAUACAAAUAUACGAAAUUAGUGUAUAUAAA